UGGAGGUGGAGCUGAGUUUGGGAGAUUCCCCCUGAGAGAGUAGAAAAGAGUAACUCGCCCAUAUUCUCAGGAAGAUAUCGCGACGAUUGUCUCAGGCACUGUUUUUACUACAGCCCCCGUACAAAGAAACGUGGUUGAAGAUGUUUGCUAAAGCGACCAGGAAAUUCGUGGAUGCGAUUGACCCCGAUGGCUGUUUAAUCCCCGUCUCCCGGCUGAAUGAAUCGGAUAAUUUGACGGUUUCCUCGCUGGUCAUCAAGCGGAAUCCCUACUGGUGCUGGCAGCAACCCAGAUACAUUCCCACAGACUUCACCCUGAACGAUGUGCUGCUCGGGGAAAGGCCCAUCAGUCCAGUUCUGGUCGAGACAGACUUUUUAAACUAUAAUGGUACAGUGGAAAAUAACACAGCUGGGGGAGCUGAAGCAGGUGUCGGUCCUGGAAACCUGAACAUCGAAGGAAAAGGUUCGACCAAAAUCGCAUCCUCAUUUGGGAGACUUAAGAAGCAAGAAGUGGAUGUUCAGAAGCUACUAUGUGACUCUAAAGAGAGACGUCUGGAUUUUCAGCACUCCCUGUUGAAGCAGACACUGCAGCGGCAGCGCGAGGUGUUCGCGCUGGUAAAGGAGCGAAUCAUAACCACACAGACCUGCAUGGUUAUUGAGCAAGUACACGGGGGAGGAAGCUGCUCAGCCUUUCUUGGAUUCACUGUUCCCAAGAAGAUUCAGGUUUCGGUAAAGAAUGGCACCGUCAAUAGUGACAGCAACGUUGUUCUAGAAAUCCCAGCUAACACGGCCCUGGCUUACAGUUUAAUGGAGCUCAACGUGAGAAGCACAGGUCAAUUUGAUCUGUGCCUGAUGCCAGACAGCUACGGAUGCUUUGAGGUGGACAGCCUGCACAAAUCAAAACCAAACCUGCUCUUCAGUGCUCCAUGUGAACCAUCAAUCCAAAAGCUAAGGAAUGACUUUGAAAAUUUGCAGGUUCAGUUCAAGGUGCUUUCAGGACUCCCUGCUAGCACACGCUCAUUUCUCUUCCAGCAAAUCACUCUCCUCCUGAAGGACAAGACAGCCAUCAGUAGCCUGAACCUUGCAUUGGAGAAUUUGCUUUGUGGUAGAAAGUCUGAUUUCUCCACAUUGGACAAAGUGCCCUCUCUGAAGAAAGCAAUACAGACUACGUUGGAGCUGCUCAAGGAGAAAGAAGAUGCAGAUCAUGCCCCAUUGGAAACAGUCCCCUUGGAACAACAGAUGGAGCCCUCUGCCCUCACUGCCACAAACGUCCUCACCAGUGCCUUAGAGGAGAUGACUGAGUCGAGCUUGAGUGCACUAGAGUCCUGCUGCGAUCACCCCACCUUACAGGCAAUGCACCUGCUGGUACAAAAUGUUAUGGAAAACAAAGAGUGCUUCUUGAAGGAUAGCACACUUGCCCCAUUGGCUGAAAAGGAUACUUACAGUAAAGUACAGGAGCUCUUUGGAUCUUCCAGUGUGAUGCUGUCCAAAGAGGAGGACUUGAUCAAGGCCCAGAUCAGCAGCCAGCAGGGGCACUCUCCUCUAAUCUUGUGCAUCGCCAUCUUUGGUUUGGCCUCGUUAGCGUCCCCAACUGACUAAGUGUCGGGUCAAGACAGACCGAUCGUGGAAAACACGUGAACAAAUGUCUUUUGGAACAGGACUAAAUUGUUGUAAAUGAGAAUAACCAAAAACUAGUUAAAAAAUAUAAAAAUAUAAUUAUAUUUUUCUUCAUAUAAAUAUUUUAUACAGAGAAACAAUCAUUUUCUAGUGUAACAAGCAGGACUCGAUGGCAACAAGCAGGACUCUGCUGCCCACAAGUCUAGUCACAGUUCUUGAUGCUUGACUAAUCUUGUGCAUUUCAUUAGUAAUACCUGGCUGAUGUUUCUGGAAUUAGGAAAGGUGAUCUUAUUUUUCCAACCUGGUUUCUGAAUGUUAAAGUCUGUUAUGGGGUGUUUUGUGUUGUUGUUGUUAUUGUUGUUGUUGUCAUCGUCGUCAUCACCUGAGUUUAUUUGUUUGUUUAUAGAAGUUGGUGAGGACCACACAAUUGUUCUCACCAACAGUUAUUGAUAUUUAGGUCCUGAUACAUAUAAACAUAGCACAUGUGACCUUGCCCCUGUUUGGAUAAAUUCCAAAAUCUUAUCUGUUCAUCUGCUGGUUACACUGGCUAUGCUUACAUGCACAUCAAUAUUCCAAUAUUAAUCAGAAUUUGAAUUAGCAUAUAAUUAGACUAUUUUAAAUAUUCUAAUUAGUAUUGAGUAACGUAAAUGCAGCAAUCUAAUUGUCUGAUUCAAAUUAAGACAAUAUUCUGAUUCCCCAAAUUCUGAUUCCCUAUGCCUGUUUUAAUUUGAAAUUUGUUGCAUGUAAACACCUUAUUCAGAAAUUCCACUGAAAGGAGAUCUAUGCGCAUGCUCAGUCCGCAAGGAAUUGUGGGUGCUGACAGAUGCUUAGCUGUAGGCUAGCUAUUUAGGAAUGGCAACUCAGGCAUACUUACAACAACCAUGUAUACAGGAAUAUUCCGAUGCCUGUACACAUAUAAACAUUGUAUUCGGAAUAUGGCUGCAACCCAAAUAACCCAAUGACUUGGAAUCAACCAAUAGAAAAAACUUGGUCACAGAACUUUCUGGAGGCCAUUUGAAAGUCUUGUUGUGGCAUGGCGGACCUUGUGGAGGAUGCAUGUUUUUGAUCUGGAGAACUGCCCUCAGAAAAGCAAUUUUUGUUGAUCUUCUCACCCAUCAAACAUAUCAAACACAUUGUUUCUGGGUGCACGUAGUUCCUAAACAUUAAGAACUUCAUUAAUGAUUUGUAUGUUGUUAGCAAUUGCUUAAAUGGGUUUGUGGCCUAGAAGCAACACUGUGUGACAGUGGAAUUGAUGUGCAGAGAAUGUUGCGGUUAAUGUGUAUUAUGUUUUUAUUAUUACAUGUAAGUACUUUUUUGUAGUAUGUAUUCAAUAUGAUUGUCAUGUAGUAGUAUACAGUAUAUUGCACUAAUGCACAGCUUCCCAACCCUUGUCCCAGAGUACCACCUGUCCUGUGUUUUCGCUGCUCUAACAAACCCAAUUCCACUGUUAAUUAGCUGAUUCGGUGAAUCAGGUGUGUUGGAAGCAGGAAAACAGUAGACCAGGGUUGGGAACCUGUGCCCUAAUGUCACUAUUACUUAGAAAAUGCAGCCCUCAACAUUGUGGAUUUCACUUGAGGAUACUCUGGAUGAGCUAGGAUUUAGUGUUGAGGAAAGUGUUGAGUAUUGGUGGAGUUUGAGGUUGAAAAUGAUGGUGUGUAGACAGCUGUAGCCGUCUACACACAAAGGGAAGAUGUUGCAGGCACAGGUUUUGAUGAAUAUUUACUGGCAGAAACAAGUUAUUUUAUAUAUAAACAUGUCUACAAUCCAUGUAUAUGCAGUCUCAUGAUUUGCUCAACUAGAUCAAAUAUAAUUUCGGAGAGAAUAGUGAAAGUUUAGGGAAGGCUACAGGUUUGACGGGGAAACAUGACAUGACCAAACAAGACUACUGGACACUGAGGGUAGAAAGCUGAGGCAAAUGCAAGUUUUGCAAAUGCAAAUCUUCUAUGAAAGCAUAAAGUUAGGUUCAGGUAUAAUGUGUACCGCUGCUUUUACUGGACAAAACAUUUUAAUGGACAUUCGCAUGCAGGAUUUCAUUUUUAAGUUACAUUUUAAUAUUUACCAUCGUAUACUCAACAAUUUCUUGGUAAAUACAUAAUAAAAUUCAGUUUUACAUGA